AUGGAGGCGGAGGGCGCCGGUGGAGGCGCGUCAGCCUCGCGGAUGGAGGCUCCAGAAUCCUCGAACGACCGGCUUUUCUUGGUUAAAGGUGGAAUUUUCCUUGGUUCUGUUGCUGCAGCGGGAAUGCUAGCCGGAUUUGCCACAACAUUAUCACUGGCCAAAAAGAGAAGCCCCGAAUGGUUCAAUAAGGGAAGCAUGGCCACAGCUACCUUGCCCGAGAGCGGCUCUGCCCUCGCCCUGCGAGCACUGGGCUGGGGCUCCCUGUACGCCUGGUGUGGAGUCGGACUGAUGAGCUUUGCAGUCUGGAAAGCCUUAGGAGUUCACAGUAUGAAAGACUUUCGAAGUAAAAUGCAAUCAAUAUUCCCAGCAAUUCCCAAGAGCUCCGAAUCGGCCGUGGAGUGGGAGGAAGCAUUGAAGUCCAAAUGAGAUGAGUGUGGAUGACUUCCCCAGGGAGUGUUCCAGAAAAGG